AUGUAUGUUGUUGAGGUUGUGCCGCUGGACACAAAUGAAGAGAAUCUUAAUAAUUCAAAGGUUGCCAAUUCAUUAAAAAAAUGUUUUUCAGUUCACAUGCUUAAUUAUAACAAAUAUUUAAGUGUAAGCUCUGACAAGUUUGAUUCUAUAAUGCAUGAUGUUUCAAUCCCAUUAGAGAAAAAAAAUGAAGAAAUGGAUAUUAUAAGUAAUGAAUUGAAUCAUAUCAAAUCACUAAAGAAUCUUACAUUUGGAUUAUUGGAAUAUUUUUUUAAACUUCUUGAAGAAUACCAGAAUGGUGGUAUAAUGUCACAAUCUAAUUUUAAAAAAGAAACGCUGGAAUUAAUUUCAACUUUUCACAACUCUGCAUUAAAAAUGAAUGAUACAGAGUUUUUCCAACAUUUAUUAAAUCAGUAUCAUCCAAAUGGAAACAUAAGGAAUGAAAAAUCAAUUAAUCACCAUCAUCAAAAAAAUAAGGAUAAAAAUAAUGAAGAGAAAAAAGACAAUUUAGCUUUGGAUUUGGUUGAUGAUAUGUUAAAAGAAGUCAGUGAUUCUGCUGAUAAUAUUGAAGAAAAAAUGAAUAAUAAUAAAUUUGUUGACAAUCCAAAGGUGCAUGGAUCUCUUGAAACUGUUGUUAGAUUAGAAAAAGAUGAGGAAGAUUUCUUUUUAAAUAAUAAUGAGCAAGAAGGUGAUUCACCUGAUGAUGAUGAAACACAUCACAAGUUGCUUGGGUUAGUCGAUAGUGACAAUAAUGAAUACAUUCUUACUAGACCCCAUGAUUUAACUGUUUUUUAUGAAGAUGCACGAUUUUUACAAGAUAUAGUUGUUACAAUAGUUUUAUCUUUUGUAUUUGGUUCAAUUUCACAUAGUAUUGGAUUACCAGCAUUUUUGGGUUAUAUUAUUGCUGGAUGUUUACUUGGACCUGCAGGAUACAACGUAAUCCAG